GUCAAUGGAAGAUGUAUGGAAGGCUCUCAAUGGGGCUUUGCUUGCUCCACACACCUCUAGCACGCAACUCCUGUGCUAAACUGUUCCGCCAAAGGCUGUUGGCGCCAACAGCACCUCCACUGAUAUACUACUCCAAAACGUGGAGCGGCGCCCCAUCUCAACCCAAAGGCAACAGGAUGACGAGGCUGCUGCUCUUGGCUGCCGUCCUGGUGGCCUCCCUCGCCGCCAGCAAUGCUGAUGCCGGCAACUUUACCAUCGAGGCGACUUCCCGCCGGGCCCUGCGGCAGGCCUCCUGCACUAGCUGGUGUGCGGGCAAGGCCAGCGGACUGUACGCCAAUCCCUGCGACACUACAUGCAACUCCUUCUUCAACUGCGCCAACGGGGUUACGAACAAGGUUAACUGCGCAGCGGGUCUGCGAUUCAAUCCCAGCAUCAAGGUUUGCGAUUGGGCAUCCAACGUGCCGUGCAGCGGAGGCAGCCCCAGCCCCAGCCCCAAGGCUAGCCCAAGCCCAAGCCCCAAGGCUAGCCCAAGCCCAAGCCCCAAGGCUAGCCCAAGCCCCAGCCCCAAGGCUAGCCCAAGCCCAAACAAUGGCGGAAGCGUGCUGUACUCUGGCUCCGGCAGCGGCACCUACUAUUUUGACAUCAAGACCACCUGCCCCAGCGAGCCCCGCGGCUACCCGGAGACGGACGGCUACCCCUCCUGCGCCAGCUGGACCCCCGGCCCCAACCAGCAGACGCUGCGCCAGGUCAACACCAACAACGUUGUUGCCAUCGACAACAACGUCCUCUCCGCCAACCGUGCCAAGCUGUGCGGCAAGAAGGUGCUGGUCUAUCGCAACGGUGUGCAAGUCAAGGCGCCGGAUGGUGGGGACUUCUUUGUGUGGGACGGCUGCGCGGCGUGCAUUGGGGGCGGCAGGAUUGACUUCAGUGUGAGUGGCCUGAAGUCUGUGAGCGCCGAUGGAUGCAACCAGGGAGUGGUGCCGGGCGUGUCGUGGCAGGUGGUGGAUGUGCAGGUGCGGCAGUUCGUGCCUUAGUAACAUGGACCUACAUGCGUGCGUGAUUUGUUGAAUGGUGGAGGACCUGGCCCCAGGUAAAAGCCCGUAGGCAAGGAACACAUGGGGAGGCACCCGGUUUAUUGUCGUAUUGCCGUAUGGUAAUCAUGCAAUACUGUGAUUUAUUUUCGUAUGGCGUGCAUGGGCAAUCAAGGUGCGCGUACGGCUGCUGCGGCGGUAGGCAUACAUGUCACCCUUGGGCAGCCAUUGGCAGCAACGUGGCGGGGCAGGUUGAGCUUAUGCCGGCGGUAUAGUAGUUAUGAAGUUGAUAACUCUGCAGUAAUAUACCGACUGCACCUUAGCAAGGUGGCUCUCGUACGUGGUCAGAGGGUCGGCGGGCAGGUGUGCGUGUGUUCCGUGUAGCAGGGUAAAGACUGCAGCCGGGUGACCAUUCUUCGUACUUUGAAUACGCGCACGCUCAAAACUUGAUAAUGCUCUGCCAAGUUUCAUGUGGCAAUACAAUGCAAGA